UUGUAUUCCCGGGUCCCGGUUGUUGAAUGUCGCCUGUCGCUGGGCGGGAAGUGUGGGAAUAGAGCAGGUUGGCUGUGACCAUGGACAGUACUCUCCUUUCCAGGAGGUCACAUGUGGAUUUUUCUUCUCCGGUGCUUCGGGAUGCUGAGAUUUCCAGAACUGCCCGUCGACAUAGGUCUACCGGGAUUACUUCGGAUGACAACUGGACUGGUGCUAGUACAUCAAGAACUCAAACAGUGACUUGGACACCUGGGUCUCUUCUACGGCAAAACUUGACACCUCAGUCAUUUAGUGCUUCAAGGCUACAAGAUGUAUCAGCCAUUCUUGGUACUGGAGGUAUCUCUUCCCAUCUUGUCCAGACUCCUGGGCGCUUGGGAAAUGUAUCUAUGAUGUCUAGCCUGGAUGAAAGCGCAUGGACAGGCACAUAUUCCCCUCAGAGAACAUUAAUGUUAAACUCCAUUAAUUCUCCCGGUUACGGUGAAGAUGUUACAAUCGGUGCAGUCAUGGUACAGGAAGACGACCCAGGAGAAGCAGCAACAAUGAGUAUGUUUCGUGAAUUUCUGCACGCCUUCUUGAACCAUCCUUCCAGUGAAGUGUUUGACCUUGUUAAAAAGUAUGAAGAUACAUGCAGUGAACAGAUGGGCUUGCUUAAAAGGAUUGUCAAGCAUGUCACUCCAGGACAGCAGAAGUUUUCCAAAACGGCCAGUAUGCUGUGGCUUCUACGGCAAGAAAUGGUUACGUGGAGGCUUAUUGCAUCUCUUUAUAGAGAUCGAAUACAGUCUUCGCUAGAAGAGGAAAGCAUGUUUGAUAUUGUUGCACCAAAUGCAAGUGAAAAGAUGGUUGUAGAAAAACUUUUUCAGAGAGAUACCCUUGUCCGUCAGACUCAGCUUGUGGUCGAUUGGUUAGAAAGUAUAGCCAAAGAUGAUGUUGGAGAUUUCUCUGAGAAAAUUGAGUUUUAUGCCAAAUCUGUCUACUGGGAAAAUACGCUGAGCACAUUAAAACAGAGGAGUUCUUCAUCGAUUGGAAUUGGUCGUCCGCUGGUUUAUGAGUUGGAUCCUGAUGCCCCUAUUAGGCAGAAACUGCCUUUAGAUGAUCUUGAUCGAGAAGAUGAUGUCCGGCUUUUAAAGUAUCUGUUUACUCUUAUCAGAGCCGGAAUGACUGAAGAGGCACAGAGACUUUGUAAACGAUGUGGUCAAGCCUGGAGAGCAGCAACACUGGAAGGAUGGAAAUUGUACAGUGAUCCCAAUAUAAAUAAUGGAGAGUCGCAGCUGCAGCCGGUAGAAGGAAACCCAUACAGAUGUGUCUGGAAAGCAUGCUGCUGGCGAAUGGCAGAAGAUGACCAGUUUAAUAGAUAUGAACGAGCAAUAUAUGCCACUCUCAGUGGAAAUCUUAAACAGCUUCUUCCAGUUUGUGAUACGUGGGAGGAUACAAUCUGGGCAUAUUUCAGGGCAAUGGUGGACAGUUUAGUGGACCAGGAGAUUCGAGCAUCAGGCAUGGCACCCUCGGAGACCGAUGAACUUCCUCGAGAGUACAGGGAAGCAAGCUGGACUCUAGAAGGUGUAUUUGAGGAGCUCCAGGCCACAGAUAAAAAGAGAGUUUUGGAGGAGAAUAAGGAACACUACCAUAAAAUUCAGAAGUACAUUAUCCUAGCAGAUUUAGAUGGUCUAAUGGAUGAGUUCAGUGAAUGGCUUUCAAAAGAAAAGGCUUUGCUGGUGGGUCAUCUUUUGCGAUUCAUGACGCAUCUCAUCUUAUUUUUCCGCACUCUGGGACUGCAAACCAAGGAGGACGUUUGUGAGGAGGUUUUGGUUACCUACAUACAGAGACUGGUAAACGAAAAGCAUAUUGAGCUAAUAGCCUUUUACGUCAGCCACCUUCGCCAUGACCUAGCUAUAUCACAGUAUGCUGCAUUCCUGGAGAAUGUCACUGAACCGGAUCAGCGACACCAGUGCCUUGAACUUGCCAAGGAAGCAGGUUUAGACGUGGCUUCAAUUACAAAGACUGUUGUUGAAAAUGUCCGGAAGCGGGAUACUGGUGAAUUUUCUCACCAUGAUCGUGUAGCUGCUCUUGCUCCCAACACGACAGAGGAGGAUCUCAAGAAAAUUGAUGUGAUCGACUGGUUGGUGUUUGAUCCUGCACAGAGAUCAGAGGCAUUAAAACAGAGCAAUGCCAUAAUGCGACUUUUCCUAGCAUCACAAAAACGUGACGCCGCCAAAGAUGUGUUCGCGAAGAUUCCUCCAGAUUCUAUUGCUGAAAUCUAUAAUCAGUGGGAGGAGCAAGCCAUGGACAGCGCCCUUCCUGCUGAGGAUGAAAAUGCAAUCCGGGAGCAUCUGUGUAUUAGGGCGUAUUUGGAAGCCUAUGAUGCUUUCAAUCUGUGGUUCAACCAUGUGAAUGUACCACCUCAGAAACCAGCGCUGGCUGGUCAAGUAUCGUUCACUGAGAAAGUAGCUCACGAGCAUAAAGAAAAGAAAUAUGAGAUGGACCAUGGUAUUUGGAAGAGUCAUUUAGACACUCUAACAACAGAUGUAAAAGAGAAGAUCUACAAUGUCUUGCUGUUUGUGGACGGGGGUUGGAUGGUUGAUGUUAGGGAGGAUGCAGAAAAUGACCCAGAGCGGGCACAUCAGAUGGCAUCACUCAGACGUCUGUGCCUUCCAGGGCUGUGCUUUAUUCUCCACACAGUGAUGCAUAAAGCAGAGCAGUACAAGGAGUGCCUCCAACUGGCCGAUUUGGUGGCUUCUCACCGUCACAAACUUUAUGAGGUGUUUACAAAGACAGAAGUGAGGAGUUUUCUGCAGAAACUGAGAGAGUCGUCUCUUAAACUACUGGAUCUACAAUUGGAUCCUUUUGGAUAUGAAGUCCAGUCAUGACCGAGUGCCUCGAGAUAACAGCUGAUUCAGAUGUAUCAUGUCCAGAUAUGGAGAAGAGGGGGGGGGGGGGGGGACACAAGAAAAUGCAGGAAAACAAAUUUCUACUAAACUCGAAAUAUAACAUUUACAGGAUUUUGCCCUAUUUUUUGUGGAGGGGGGUUAUUCAUAAAAAAAUAAUGAUGAUGUUUGAUAAUAAAAUGUUCUGUAAAAUA